AUGAGCGACUCCGACGACAAUAAGAGCACGCCCGGCAUCCCAGAAUGGCAGCGUGACCAAAAGACGGAUGCCGAACUCGAGCCGCAGACCCAACAGCCAUCACAGGAUGCUGUACCGAACGAGCCCACCAGAGAGAAUAGCAUCGAAAUUGCUCGCAAGUUUCUGCAAGAUGACGAGAUCAAAGACGCGCCGAGGGAGGUCAAGGAGGCAUUUCUCAAGACCAAGGGAAUCUCUUCUACAGAUAUAGAGGAGUUGUUGGGCAGCUCGGUACCCGAACCAGCACACGACACUACCCAAACAGAUCAAACAUCGGCAAGCUCAACACAAGUAGCGGCAACAACGACACCCAAAUCACAAGAAGUCCCGACACCACCGCCUAACAACGAGGUCUCUAUCCCGCGCCAAACAGACCAGCCCCCCGUCGUAACCUACCCCGAGUUCCUCACGAAGUCGACCCGUCCUCCGCCCUUGGUCACCGCCAACGGAAUCCUUAACACACUAUAUGCCUUCGCCGGCCUCUCCACCCUCCUCUACGGCACGAGUAAGUACGUCGUGGCGCCCAUGGUCGAAACCCUUACCGAAGCGCGCUGUGACCUCCACGACACCACGUCCAAGAACCUCGCCAAGAUCAUCGAGAAGCUCGAGGGCGCCGUCUCGGAGGUCCCCGCCCCUAAGGCGACCGCCGGGAACGGAGAGGCGUACAGGGACGACGCGAGCAGCUCCAGCGCAGACGACCCGACCGAGAUGUUCCACCGCGACAUCGGCACGCAGACCUCUGUCCCCCCGACGCCCAGGUUCGGCGAGCCCGGCUUCGGGAUGACGGGGACGGCGGCAGAGCAUAGGAACAGGUCCGCGAGCGACUGGCAGGCCGACAAGCUCGCGCGACUCAAGAGCUCGGCGGACCUGCUCAAGACAACGGUCGUCUCGGACGCCGAGGACCUCGCAGACCUGAAGUCCAGGAUGGACGUGCUCAAGGACGACCUCGUGCAGCUGGCGUAUCCGAGCCCGCAAGACUAUGGCAGCUACUCGCUCUACGGCGGCCCGCGCAAGAACGAGCCGGAGGACGAGAUCAAGAAGGCGAGGGAUAACAUCCGGAGGGUCAAGGGCGUGCUGCUCAGCACAAGGAAUUUCCCUGCCUCCUCGAGGUGA